AGGUGAGUUUCAAGAAACUAUGGUGAAUAUUCGGACAUUUCUCAUAAUGUUAUCUUUCAUCAAGAAUGGAAUCGUAAACAAUAGAUGGAGAUCCAAAAUAUAUCUACAAUGCCAGUGGAGAUUCCAUUUUGCCAGUUUAUAUUGCUGCCGGUAUUGCCUAUCAGACCAAAUAAUUAAUUAAUACAAAUGUGUGGCAGAGUUUGCCGAAAUCGUAUAUCAAGU